AUUAAUACCAAAACCCUUGUUUCCUCUCUCUUCACAAUUCAGACCAAAUCCCUUAUUCUCUCUCUCUCUCUCUCUCUCUCUCUCUCUCUCUCUCUCGCUCGCUCUCGAUUUCCAGUCAUCGCGAACUUGUUUCUUCCCUAAUCUCUUUCAACCUCUGGGGCUCUCUCUCUCUGGUCUCUACUCGCAGUCGACUUCUAGGGUUUCGAACAUCAAGCAAAAAUGGAUCUGUCCCAAGAAAUCGACGACUACAUCAAGGAGUCCAUCGAACACGCCCUCGGCCUUCCCGUAUCCACGCAAACUCUCGAGUCCAAACUCAACGCCUCCGAAGCGGCCUGCAACCGUCUCCGCCAACAGUGCCUCUACCUCCAGACCAGGCUCAAGGAGAAAGAUGACGUCAUCGACCGCUCUAGGGCUGAAUCAUGUAUGAACGCGCAAGCGUUGAAGAAGUUUGUGGAGGAAAACCAGAAACUCGCAAAGGAAUGCGAGAGCCUCUUGGGGCAGUGUCGGAGGUGGGAGAACGAGUGCUCGUUGUACGACCACGAUAGGGAAGCAUUGAUGGAUUUUGGAAACGAGGCGGAUGAACGUGCUAAGGAGGCCGAGGUUCGGGUGCACGAGUUGGAGGGAGAGUUGAGGAGAGUGGUGGAUGAAUUGCAAUUUUACAAACAUCAGUGCGAGAUGCAGUCGGUUGAUUCUUCCAGAGAAGGUUCUGCAGUGGAACAACUUCUACUUGAGUCACUCAUAACAAGCAUGGUUGGUAAUGACGAAGUUACAUCAACUGCACAUGCCUUUUUACAGGCAAAUAGUGGAGUAGAUGUGUGCCAAAAGUUGCUCAAUACCUGGAAUAGUCUAAGGCCUUCAACUCGGAAAAUUCUGGCACUGGCUGCUGAAGUCAAGACUCUAGAGAAUGAUAAGGAACAUCUGAGGUUUAAUCUCGCUAGAGCAGAAGAGGAGGUGAAAGUGUUGUUUGAGGAAAACGAAGUAUUGCACAAGGAGAAUAAAAGGUUGUUGCGGCACCAGAAAGAAAGGUGCCACCCUGGUUCCAGUGAAAAACGCACUGGUAGCGCUUCUGCGAAGGGGAACAAGCGGAAAACUAGCCCCCUGACGAGUAGCCCAAUUGAGGGGAAAAUCAAUUUUGGUGAUGGUGAUUCGCCAAGAAAGCCUCUGUCACCCUUGCUACAUAACUCCCCAGAGUCCAGAAUGCACAAGAAGGCAUUGGAAAGAAAUCACAUUCGGUUGGAACCACAUGAUUUGUGCAAAAGAAUGAUUUCACUCGGAAACAGUUUUUCUCUACAACACCUUUAACGUGAAUGUUUUGGUUUCUAA